AUGUUUUCUCAUUUGCGUAUGAAAUACAUUUUCUUUUUACUUGCGAUCGCGACCAUAGUCGCAGGAGUACCUCUAGAAAAAAUGCGGAAUUCGACUCUAAAACAAACACAGACUCUGUCUCUGAGUCGUCGUGCACAUCCUCUGUGUCCGGACCCUCGCUACCCUGUGUUUGCAAGCUCUUUUUGCAGAAACGAGAGGACUCUUGCUAAUGUAUGCGAGGCUCAAGAUUUUCCAAACCUUUAUGAUAUUACUGAUCGACCAUGUGAGCCAGACUCAACUUGUGUUGAUUUUGUUCGCAUCGACAAAUCGACUCCACUCGCAGGGUGUAUUCACAAUAACAACAUACGGAGGUGGAAUAAUGGCGGUGAUCGUGGCUUAAUCUGCAGCAAGGAUGGUGAUUUUGGUUUUAGACUCGAUGCAAAUACACUGAUAAUUGGAGUGACAACAUAUGAUGCCAACUCGAAUCCAACAGCAGUAGAUACGAUUUCUGGGUCUGUUGGUGGUCGUGCACUUGGUAGAACCCUUCAUGAAAGUCAUUUCAGUGCAGUAUACAAGAAUUACCGGGCCGGUCAAACAAUCAAAAUGUGUUUCGAUGCAGGCUCUCGGUUCGUAACUGCUGUAGCUGCGGCUUUUGUUCCUGGCUCCGGCAAUAACGACGAAUUUACAGUACUCAGCUUAGAAUAA